CAGACCCCUGAAGUGUUGAAGAAAAUGUUUCUCAUGUUUGUUUAUCUCAGUUUGUGCUUCUGCGGUCUGGCUGGUGUGUUUGGUGAUGAAGUGAAGUCAGUGUCAGUGAUGGAGGGAGAUUAUGUUACUCUACACACUGAUAUUAUUAAACUUCAGACAGAUGAUCUGAUAUUGUGGAGGUUUGGACCUGAAAAUUCUCUCAUAGCUCGAAUCAAUGGAGUGGCCAAAGAUAUAUCAAUAUUUGAUGAUGUUCUUGAUGGGAGAUUCAGAGACAGACUGCAGGUGAAUAAUCAGACUGGAGAUCUCACCAUCACAGACAUCACAACUCAACACAUUGGACUUUAUCACAUGAUCAUCAGCGGCAAACAGAAGAUCUCAUACAGAGUCAAUGUUAUUGUCAAUGGUGUGUUUGGUGAUGAAGUGAAGUCAGUGUCAGUGAUGGAGGGAGAUUCUCUUACUCUAUACACUGAUACUAAACUACAGAGAGAUGAUCUGAUACUGUGGAGGUUUGGACUUCAAAAGUCUCUUAUAGCAAGAAUCAAUGGAGGGGCCAAAGAGAUCUCAAUAUAUGACGAUGUUCUUAAUGGGAGAUUCAGAGACAGACUGCAGUUAAAUAAUCAGACUGGAGAUCUCAUCAUCACAGACAUCACAACUCAACACAAUGGACUUUAUCACAUGAUCAUCAGCGGCAAACAGAAGAUCUCAUACAGAGUCAAUGUUACUGUUUAUGGUGUGUUUGUUAAAACAGAUGAAGUGAAGUCAGUGUCAGUGUCAGUGAUGGAGGGAGAUUCUGUUACUCUACAUACUGAUAUUACUGAAAUGCAGAAAGAUGAUAUGAUACUGUGGAGAUUUGGACCUGGAAAUUCUCUCAUAGCUACAAUCAAUGGAGUGGCCAAAGAUAUCUCAGUAUUUGAUGAUGUUCUUGAUGGGAGAUUCAGAGACAGACUGCAGGUGAAUAAUCAGACUGGAGAUCUCACCAUCACAAACACCAAAACCAAAGACUCUGGACUUUAUCAAAUGAGCAUUAACAGCACUAAAGAGAGCUCAUAUAGAUUCAAUGUUACUGUCUAUGGUGUGUUUGGUGAUGAAGUAAAGUCAAUAUCAGUGAUGGAGGGAGAUUCUGUUACCCUACAAAGUAAUAUUACCAAACUACAGAGAGAUGAUCUCAUACUGUGGAGAUUUGGACCUGAAAAUUCUCUCAUUGCUCGAAUCAAUGGCGUGGCCAAAGAUAUCUCAAUAUUUGAUGAUGUUCUUGAUGGGAGAUUCAUAGACAGACUGCAGGUGAAUAAUCAGACUGGAAAUCUCAUCAUCACCGACACUAAGACCAAAGACUCUGGACUUUAUCAAAUGAUCAUCAGCGGCAAACAGAAGAUCUCAUACAGAGUCAAUGUUACUGUCUAUGAUGAAGUGAAGUCAGUGUCAGUGAUGGAGGGAGAUUCUGUUACUCUACACACUGAUAUUACUGAAAUACAGAAAGAUGAUCUGAUACUGUGGAGGUUUGGACUUCAAAAGUCUCUUAUAGAAAGAAUCAACGGCGCCCCCAGUGAGACCUUAAUAAAUGAUGAUGUUCUUGAUGGGAGAUUCAGAGACAGACUGAUGGUGAAUGAUCAGACUGGAGAUCUCACCAUCAAGGACACCAAAACCAAAGACUCUGGACUUUAUGAAAUGAUCAUCAACAGCGCUAAAGAGAGCUCAUACAGAUUCAAUGUUACUGUCUAUGCUUUUUUGCCCGUUCCUGUGAUCACCAGAGACUCUUCACAAUGUUCUUCAUCAUCUUCAAGCUCAAAUUGUGUGUUGUUGUGUUCAGUGAUGAAUGUGAGAGAUGUGAGUCUGUCCUGGUACAAAGGAAACAGUUUAUUGUCUAGCAUCAGUGUGACUUAUCUCAAUUUCAAACUCUCAUUACAUCUGGAGGUUGAAUAUCAGGAUAUAAACACAUACAGAUGUGUGGUAAACAAUGCCAUCAAAAAUCGAACUGAACAUCUUAACAUCGAUGAACUCUGUCAGCCGUGUUCAGGCUGUGUUUGCUGUUGUCAUGAUUUUGAAGCUGUGAUCCGAUUGGUCCUCUCUGCUCUGGUGGGCGUGGCUGCGUUUGCCAUUUUGGUUUAUGACAUCAGAUCGAGCAGUUGAACAGAAGAAAAGAUCAGAGACACCAUCAGACUGUUAGUGAUGAAACAUAUAUUAUAGUUACGUAAACCACUAUUUUUACUUUUCUUUUUAUUGUUUUUGCUUUGUAUAUAAAGCACUCAGAAGAUAUUAUUACUUUAAUAGCCGAUUUAAAAAAUAUGAAAAUUCUG